UUUACAUCAGGGUCCCCAUCAGAGUGCCCCCUUACAUCACGGUCUCCCUCAGAGUUCCCCCUUACAUCAGGGUCCCCAUUAGAAUGCCCCCUUACAUCAGGGUCCCCCUCAGAGUUCCCCCUUACAUCAGGGUCCCCAUUAGAGUUCUCUCUUACAUCAGGGUCCCCAUUAGAGUUCCCUCUUACAUCAGGGUCCCCAUCAGAGUUCCCCCUUACAUCAGGGUCCCCAUCAGAGUGCCCCCUUACAUCAGGGUCCUUCUCAGAGUUCCCCCUUACAUCAGGGUCCCCAUUAGAGUUCCCCUUUACAUCAGGGUCCCCCUCAGAGUUCCCUCUUACAUCAGGACCCCAUCAGAGUUCCUCCUUACAUCAGGCCCCCAUCAGGGUUCCCCCUUACAUCAGGUCCCCAUCAGAGUGCCAUUUUACUUCAAGUGUCCCCAUCAGAGCUCCCCCUUACUUCAG